CAGGUUGAGAAAUCAAAUUUAUCACAUUCAGCAGAAAUGAAGACAUUUUGCUGAAUGUAACUCCAAAAAUAUCAGUGAAUUUACAGGUAUUGACUAGCCCCACAUCUCUACCAUUUUCAGUAUUUGUUCUUGUUCUUGUUCUUCUUUUCUAAGUCACAAUUUUGCUUUACAAUUUUUACUUCAAAUUUAGGUGUCAUGACAAAUUACUGCUGGUCAUGUACAAUUUUGAUACGAGUGAUCCAUGUCUGUAUUAGCUGGAAAUGUUGAAGUCGGGCAGCAUCGGUUUAAAGAUGGGCAAAAGAAUUAUAGAUUGACUUUUGUCAAAGCUGGGAAAAAGCCAGUGCAUUGGCAGGAAAGAUUGGGAGCAGAACCAAAGGCAGAUUCCAUAGUAAAGUGAAAGCAGGAGAACUUAAAUGAUGAGAAUUGGUGGAAGGCAAAAGGACAAGUAAAAAGACCAAACGUGAGUUUUGAAUUAUAGCAGAUUAGGUUGAUAUAGAGUUUAAUCAUCUGAUGAAUGGCAGUAAACAUGAUUCCACCCAGUGUAGCCCGUGACCAGGAGUAUGUGAUAAUUUUUCUUAAUCCUGUCCAUUUACUGAAUUUAUUAUUGCUGACGAGUUCUCCUCUAUCCUGCAGGUGCGUAUUCCAACCCCGCUCAAUACCAGUGGAGUGCAGGUCAUCUGCAUGAAAGGGAAAGCCAAGUACAAGGCCAGUGAAAAUGCAAUUGUUUGGAAGAUUAAACGAAUGGCAGGAAUGAAGGAAUCUCAGAUCAGUGCUGAGAUCGAGCUUCUACCCACUAAUGACAAAAAGAAAUGGGCUCGCCCACCUAUCUCCAUGAACUUCGAGGUCCCAUUCGCUCCAUCUGGGCUGAAGGUGCGGUACCUUAAAGUGUUUGAACCGAAGCUGAACUACAGCGAUCAUGAUGUGAUAAAAUGGGUCCGGUACAUUGGACGAAGCGGGAUCUAUGAGACCAGAUGCUGAGAGCAGGGUUUACCCAUUAGCCCCCUGUGGCACCCACUGAAACACAUCGGACUCUCUCUCCUUGUUGGUCACUACAUCGUGCACUUGACAUUGCCUAGGAGAUGCCAAGAGCCUCAUUUAUAGGGAUGUGGUUGCACCACCGACAAUGGAGACACAGUUGACCCACAAUCCUGCUUUUGUCUCAUUUCGGUUGAUUUUUAUUGUACUCCUCCCAUUGACAACGCCCAGCGUUCAAAGCAGCUCCUUUUCCAUGUCCCACUUCACAUUCACCUCAUAAAAUGUAUUUUCCAACUAUAUAUGCGUAUUGUAGUUCCAUAGAACAUAGAAUGUAACUGGACGUCCCUGGUAGAGAUUGAACUGUGUACUGAUAGCAAUGUUGUAAUGAAUGUUCUGUGCAAUCAAGAGGCACUGCUGGUCCUUCCUUCAAGCUGUGGUUGAAUUGCCGAAGUGUCUUUUUUUUUAAAUUCUUAUUUCUUGUGACCAAAAAAUUCUUGUCAGUGUUGCUACUUGUUUUUGGUUGAUGCAGUGGGGAGUGUGAGAAAGAGAGAAAGAAAGAAAGCAUCAGUUCACUGGCUGAUUUUCUUUUUUUGCAAAAUCACAAACAGUUUUUUUUUUGCAAAAUCACAAGCAGCAUCUUGCAGAAAUGGCCAGUGGGCAAGGGAUGUAUUUGGCAGAUGGCACCAUAAGCGAGGACAUCAUGAAUGAUUAAAAUCUGAAGUGUUUGGAGAAUAGACAAGGGUAUUUUGAUAUGAGGGUAGCUGAUUUGAGAGGAGCAGUAUGUACUUUAUCCAUUUGGGAAAUGAUAAGCUUGUAAUACAUCUUGACUAAUCCCAACUAUAAUGACCAGGACCUUUAUCAGGAAGGACAAUGUGAGCCAGAGUGAGUCAGGCUUUUCAAAAUAAAAAUGUUGGUUAAUUAGUAGUCCCAUCCACUGUCCAUGACAUUUUCUCUUUUUUCCCCUAAUUGGUCACUCUGGUUUUCACUUGAUCCCCCUCUCCAUGGAACUAAUUGGUGCACAUAACGUUACAUUACAGCAUGAGAGUUUGCAUAUUCCUACACAGGUCUACUAACAGUAGACCUGAGCUCUAUGUGUGAGAUCAUGGCGAUUUCAGUCAGUCGAUCACCUAACCCUGCACCAAUUUUAGAGAAGGGAUGACUUGUAAGGACAAUGUGGAAGACUCUCGCCUGUAAAUCCUUUUGCUCAAUGGUGUGAUCGCUCUUUGGCAUCUUUUGUGAUCGUCCAGUUAAUAUUAAUAAACCAUACAGAAUCAG